AUGUUCAAAUUCGCCGUUGUUAUCUUCGCUGUCAUUGCCUGUGCUGCUGCCAAACCCGGUUUCUUAGGUGCUCCUUUGGCUUACGCUGCUCCUGCUGCUGUUGUUGCUGCUCCCGCCGGUGUUGUUACUGCCACCAGUAGCCAAGUUAUUGAACGUAAUUACAAUGGUAUUGCUACUGCUCCCAUUGUAGCUAAUGUUGCUACCCCUGUUGUUGCCAAGACUGUUGCUGCUUACACUGCCCCAGUUGCUGCUUAUACCGCUUCCGUUGUAGCCAAAUACGCUGCUGCUUACACUCAUCCUUUGGCCUACACCUCUCCUUUGGCUUACUCAUCUCCUUUGGCCUACUCUGCCCCUGUUGUAGCCAAAUAUGCUGCCGCCUACUCUCAUCCUUCGGCCUACUCUGCACCUUUGACUUAUGCUGCUGCCCCAGCUCCAGUUUUGUUUUAAAAACUGUGAUUGUUACGAAUUUGAAUUGAUGUGAAAAAUAAACGAACUAAUUUAUUAUUAUAGUAA